AUGACAUCACCGCACUCCCAUCGUCAUCAGCCAUGUCUGCGGGCAGCGGCACACAAAGACAACUUCGGCUUGCGCGCGCUUGCUCUUACUCAUCGUCGCCUCUACAUCGCUUUCUCCGGUGCUGCCCCCCUGUGUGAUCAGAUCAGCAACAACUUGGACGCGCAACAACCAUCUCGUGUUUGCAGCACACUGGCAUUGUCAAUCCGCGACAUGGCGACCACGGCCGUCACGCAGCGUGGACCUCGUGGACCCCCCUUGACCAACACGGAAGAGGCGGCUCCACCCAGAUCCUCGACUGACGCGGGCAUGCGCUGCCCCGACCCGUCAGCGCACCAGGCAAAGAGCAGCGCAUUGCAGAACCAGGCGUCGGCUGCUGCGCUGUACAGCACCAGCCCGGCCAGGACAGCCGAUGCGCGCGCCGCGGCUACCCUGACCAACCCACUGGGGGCCGACGGCAAGCUCUCGUCUGCAAGUGCCGCCACGAGUCUCAAGUACGCCAAAGCCCAUGAUCUCCCCAGUUUCCCCUCGGUCGGCAUCGAUACCAAGUCCUCUGCCAGCGCCGCCGCUCUUCUCGCCAACCAGAACAAGAAAAGUCCCGAGUGGUGGAAGCCCGAGCAAUCUGCGGCAGCAGGCAAGGCUGCGCUGCUGGCGAAUGACUACAAGAUGGCGCCCUUGUGGCAACCCGAAGCCAGCGCUGCAGGCUCCCAAGCUGCUAUGCUCGCACACAGGGACGGCCCCAAGUUGAAGCUGUGGGCUCCCCAGGCCAGCACCGAGGGCAAUUCGGCUGCCACCAUUGCCAUGCGCCAGCAAGCUCCAAGCAAGGCGGUCGACUACGGCUACACAGAUCAGGGCAGGAAGAAUGCCUUUACGGCUGCCACUGGAGCUCAUUCUGCCUCUAGUCGCAAACGUGCAACAUCGAAUCCACCUCCUGCGCCACUCUACCCAGACUCUAUGAAUUCCGCCAGGAACGCCUUGAGUGCGGCAAUGAUUGCCCAUAGUCCCUCUAUGAGCGCUAAGCAACACGAAGACCCCAAAAGCUCAGAUCUUGGUGCCCUGGAAGCAGCCCGGAUUCAGCAUGCCAAGAGCAUCUCACGAGACAUGUACACCAGCGCUCCGCCUGUGGCUCUCGAGGUUGACGAGAAGAAACACAAUGACGCUUUGCAUGCGUCAGCCAUUUCCAUGGCCAAGAAAAUCUACGAGGUGCAGCAGCAACAGCUAGAUGGAGCGGCAGGACACUCGGUCGCUCGCACCGGGGCUACUGCCGCACAUGGCCAGAAACCGCCUUCCGGCGAGGCUGAUAUCAAGCAACAAGCUAUGCGCUACAUUGGGAUCCAAGAAGCAGCACAAAGACUUGCACAGGAAAGACUGGCUAAGAUUGGGUACGACGAACAUGCUGCUUACCGCAGCCACUAUGGUUACAAUCAGCCUAGUCGUUCAAAAUUCUCCAUACGCCGUGGACGGAACCGUGCGUACAGUGCUUCAGAGGCAGUCCCUGGUGAUCACUCUGAUUCUGACGAAGAUGACUUCCGCUCUAGACGAAUUCGCUCGCAGAUGGAGCAGUUGAACAAAGAAUUGGCUGACGUUGAUGCAAAAAAACGCGAUGCGGAUCGCAAGUCGUUACUGGCGGCAGCACAGCGCAAGGUCCAAGCCCAGAUGCAGGGUAUGGAUAAGAAGAUUUAUGACGAGACUGGUAAAAUGUCUCCGGGGAUGGUCGAUGAUUGGGAUAACAAGGCAAAGAAGCGAGCGAUGGCCAACUCAGAAGCUCGAAUGGAGAACCACGGUAAAGUUCAUAUCGGAAAUGGCAAGUGGAUGGACCAGAGUGAGAUCGAUGCCAUUGCACAGGCCAGAAUCCAGCCUACGCUAGAUGAAAUCACAGAGAAGACAGAGCAGCGUAUCGCAGCAGAAGAAAAGCGCCGAGCGGAAGAAGAAGAGAGAAGACUCGAUCUGGCCGAGAAGAAGCGUCGUGAGCGGAUUGAGAAAGAACGUGCUGCAGAAUCGAAGGCCGAAGAGAAGCAACUCAAAGAGGAUGAGAAGCGCGCUGCCAAGGCCCGUGCCGUGGAGGCAAGGUUAGCAGCAAGACAAGAGAAAGAGCAGGAGAAAUCGAGAAAGUCUGCAGAGGACCCGUUAACUGGAGCUGAUACGCAGACUUCGAAGGAAAUUCCGGCCGUCACUCCUAUGACGGUGGCCGUCCAUACAUCCCCGUAUGACAACGACCACCUACAGCAGCACCAAUCUUCAAAGGAAGCUGUAGGUGAUGAUUCUUCAUCGCCAACUUCACCGCAAGGGCCUUCCAAAGGUUUCAAGUCAUUGCUCACUAAAUUGAAGCGGCGCUCGAAGCCGGCCUCUGGGCUAGAGAUGGACGAAGAGGCCAAGGAGAAAGAGCCGGGCUUCAUCGGCGGUGCCGCUCUUCUUUCGUCCACCUCAGAGCCACAGUCGCACUCUGAAGAUAAUCCCAGCCAUUCCCGACAUGAGGCGGAGGACGUUAGCCGUCCUACGGACCUCGGCGAUGUCGAGCCUAAGCCUGACUACGUUCCUCAUGUUAACCGUCCAUACUCUGAAGUGUCCUCAAUGUCAAAUUACAGUGAGUAUGGCGUCAGUUCACCAAGGGGGCGAGCAGGAGAACGUAUCGUGAGUGAUGGGACCGUCAAGUCCAGUGGAACGGAUUUUGAAGAAGCUCGGGACCAUUUCGACACCGACUUGGCACCGCCACCUUCUUUCACCAGCGAUGCUGACAAGGCUCGCAAGGGUAGUCCGAAUCGUGACUCGAAGUUCCACGAGGUGGGCUUGUAA